UAAUUUUAGCAUAUUGAAGUUUGUUGAUGUUGAAGAUAAUUUCAUUUGUGAUGAGUUUUUUCACAGCUUUGAGAAAGGGGUUACAUGUGAGCCAUACUCCCAAAUGGCGGAAGAUGUCAUUAUAUUUGAUAUUAGUAAUAAGAGUAAAGAGUUAAGAGAUAAUGAAUUAUCUCUAGCGACAGUUGAGGGUGAUGUAGGUAAAGUAGGAAUAGAAAGAGGAUUAGAUGAGUUGUUUGUA